AUGGCAUCUAAUCGAAUCACAGCAUCUGUCAUCCGCCGCUGCCUUGCGGCUUCGAGAUCGAUUGCAAUUCCUAGCCGUAUUGUUACUCACACCAGCCUACGUCCCUCUCUGCAGAUUCAACCCAAGAUCAUCCAGGUCUCAUGGGGUACAAUUCGGCAUCACUCCACUCCAGCCCCAGAGUCGAAGGUUUAUGGCUACGAUCAUAUUAAAUCUUUUUCGGCAAAACCCUCUGCCAACAGGCUUCUCGUUGAUGUGCGCGAGCCCAACGAAUUUCGGAAUGGGGCCAUCCCAACAGCCAUAAAUGUGCCUAUUGCGACUGCACCGGAAGCCUGGAGUUUACCAGAGGAUGAGUUUGAAGACCGCUUCGGAUUCCCAAAGCCGCAGGCAGAUAUCGAAUUGGUAUUUUACUGCAAAGCGGGGGUGAGAAGUAGUGCCGCUGCCCAGUUGGCGCUACAAAAUGGGUACGAGAAAGUGGGCGAGUACAGAGGAAGUUGGCUGGACUGGGAGAAAAGGACCAUAGGAUGA